UUCUAAGCGAUUCAUAAACUUCUCCUGAACGAUUGGAACUUGAUAAAGUUUCAUCAUCUCUCAGAAAGUAUCUUAGGCAAAGCUGUCAUACCUUGUCCAAAGUUCACAAAAGUUCACAAUAAUCUUCACUGUCCAGCAUCCUAUCCAUCCCCUAUAAAUUGGACUUUACUUUCUUUGUUAUUACAGAAAACACAUCAUCAGAUCUCACAACAACUCAACAUCCAAAAUGCGAGCAGCUUUGUUCCUCGCACCUGCCCUCCUUCCAGUGACCCCAUCCAAGAACCUCUCUAACCCCUUAGCUUUGCCUUCCAAGCCCUCAUCUUCAGUUUCGUCUCGAGUCUCUCCGGCAAAAGCUUCUUGGGCGCCCUACAAAGCUGCGACAGUCGAUUCCAGCCCCACAAUCUUAGUGUCCCCAGCAGAAGCCUCCGAAACCAUUGUUGGUGAAGCAUGUUUAGCAGAUACAUACCCAAAGGGAAUCAAUGCCGCAAUGCAGGCCACGAAGGCCGUCGAGAGGGAAUAUCCCGAAUACACCGUCCAAAAAUGUAAGCCCGCCAAUAUGUCGGUUUUCCCAGAAGAGGUUUGCGAUGAUCUUGGCGGCAUGUUUCCAUACCAGAGAUUUGUUUACUAG